AUGACUGUUACGUUCCCAUAUUCUUCUGCUCCUGCGAAGCAGAUCAAGGAGAUACAGUUUGGUGUGAUGAGUCCGGAGGAGAUUAAAGCGUUUUCUGUGGCCAAGAUCGAAUACACCGAGGUGAUGGACGAGACCACGAAUAGACAGAAAGUAGGAGGAUUGAUGGAUCCUAAAAUGGGCACUAUCGAUCGUAAUUUCAAAUGUCAAACUUGUCUUGAGGGUAUGGCAGAAUGUCCUGGUCAUUUCGGUCAUAUUGAACUUGCUAGACCGGUCUUUCACGCUGGUUUUAUUAUCAAAGUGAAGAAGAUUUUGGAAUGUGUCUGUUUUAGUUGUGGUAAACUCAAAGUUGACAUGCGUGAUCCCCUACUGAGUAAUGUUGUCAGACGAGUGAAAGCUCAACACCGACUGAGAGCUGUUUGGGUGUUCGCCAAGGACAAGAGGAUAUGUGAGACCGAUUCGUUGGAGGAUGGAGAUGGUGACGCUACUGCCGAAGAUCAGUAUGCAUCAGAGCAAGGAAAGGCAAGAGGCCAUGGUGGAUGUGGUCAUGAGCAACCUCUGUGGAGGAAGAAGGGUCUCAAACUUACUGGUGUAUGGAAGCCUACAGAUAAGGGCGAGGACACUGCAGAGCCCGAGGAACGGAAUGCCUCUCCUGGAGAAAUUUACAACAUCCUCAAGAAAAUCCCUCCAGAAGAUCUCCAUAUCAUGGGUUUGAAUGCAGAAUACGCUCGACCAGACUGGAUGAUCCUCACAGUCCUUCCUGUACCUCCCGCAGCCGUUCGGCCUUCAAUCGCAAUUGAUGGUGGUGCGAUGCGAAGUGAAGACGAUUUAACAUAUAAACUUCAAUCAAUCAUUAAAUUCAAUGGAAUCGUUCGACGGAUGGAAGCUGAAGGUGUACCACCGAGUGUUGUAAAUGAGCAAUUUGAUUUAUUGCAAUACCACGUCGCGACAUAUAUGGAUAAUGAAAUCGCUGGUUUACCGAGAGAUCAACAUAAAGCUGGUAGAGCUAUCAAAGCUAUCCGAGCUAGAUUAAAGGGAAAAGAAGGAAGAAUGAGAGGUAAUUUGAUGGGUAAACGAGUAGACUUCUCAGCGCGUACGGUUAUUACUGGUGAUCCAAACUUACAGCUGGAUCAAGUCGGUGUACCUAAAAGUAUUGCAAUGACCCUUACUUAUCCAGAAAGAGUUACCCCAUACAAUAUUGUCUACCUACAAACUCUGGUCAACAACGGUCCUGCGACAUAUCCCGGUGCUCGAUACUACGUUAAAGAUACUGGAGAACGUGUAGAUCUGAAGUACCGGAAAUCCGGAGAACCCAUCAGUCUGCAAUUCGGUUGGAUCGUAGAACGGCAUCUUAAGGAUGGAGACUUCGUCCUCUUCAAUCGACAACCGAGUUUGCAUAAAAUGUCGAUGAUGUCGCAUAGGGUUAAAUUGAUGAAUUACUCCACUUUCCGAUUGAACCUUUCAGUCACUUCACCUUACAAUGCUGAUUUCGACGGUGACGAGAUGAAUUUGCACGUCCCUCAGAGUGAAGAGACACGAGCAGAGCUUAGUCAAAUCGCCUGGGUUCCCAGACAGAUCGUUUCGCCCCAAGCAAAUAAGCCUGUAAUGGGCAUCGUGCAAGAUACUCUGUGCGGUGUUCGAAAAUUCACCCUUCGAGAUAAUCUCAUCGAUUGGUUACAAGUGCAGCAUAUCUUGCUCUGGCUUCCGGGCUGGGAUGGUACAGUACCUCCGCCAGCCAUCCUCAAACCUAAACCAAUGUGGACAGGUAAACAACUAUUAUCUAUGACCAUUCCCAAAGGUAUUAAUAUCACUAAGAAGAACAACGAGAAGCCGUCACCAAUAGAUGUCACGGACGAAAACGUGUUGAUAGACAAUGGUGAACUGAUUUUUGGUACAAUCAUUAAAAAUAUGGCCGGUGCCGCAAAUGAUGGUUUGGUCCACGUUAUCUUCCGAGAACUUGGUCCGGUAGCGGCUCGAGAUUGGUUCUCUGCGUGUCAACAAAUGAUAAAUUUCUGGUUGUUACAUUUCGGUUUUUCAGUUGGUAUUGGAGAUACAAUUGUCGAUAAAGCUACUAUGGCUGGUAUCACCAAUCGAAUGGUGGAAGCGAAAGAGGCUGUACAACGAUUGAUUGCUGAAGCUGAAGCAAACAAAAUGAAACCCAAGCCCGGUAUGACGAUUCGAGAAACCCUUGAAGCAUCGAUUGCCAACGAAUUGAAUAAAGCGCGAGAUUGGACUGGUAAAACCACUCAAGAUAAUUUGAAGGAUGAUAAUAAUGUAAAGCAAAUGGUGGUUUCAGGAUCAAAAGGUUCUUUCAUCAAUAUCUCCCAAAUGUCAGGUGUAGUAGGACAACAAUUCGUAGAAGGAAAACGUAUAACGUUCGGAUUUAGACAUCGUUCAUUACCUCAUUUCUCAAGAGAUGAUUAUGGACCUGAAUCAAGAGGUUUCGUGGAGAAUUCUUAUCUGAGAGGAUUAACACCGCAGGAGUUCUGGUUCCAUGCCAUGGGUGGAAGAGAAGGUUUGAUUGAUACCGCAGUCAAAACUGCCGAAACAGGAUAUAUUCAACGUAGAUUGGUCAAAGCGAUGGAAGAUCUCAAAGUCGGAUAUGACGGAACUGUCAGAAAUUCAGUCGGUGAUGUAGUUCAGUUCUUGUAUGGAGAAGAUGGCAUGGAUGGUUCGGCUAUGGAGAAACAAAGUCUCGAUAUUAUCCGUCUUUCGAAUAAAGCCUUCGAGAAGAGGUAUAAGAUCGAUGUGCUUGGAGCUUCUGGCGGAUUCAAAAAAGGUGUUCUGCAACCUGGUAUCGACCAAUCAUCUGUAACACUGCAAAACCUUCUCGAUGAGGAAUUCCGUCAACUCACCAGCGACAGGCAAAAACUUCGAACAGAUAUCUACCUUGAUGGUACACCCGGUCAUCCGCUCCCUGUUAAUAUCCAACGUGUCAUCCAAAACUCUCAGCAAAUCUUCCACAUCGACAGGCGAGUGCCUAGCGAUCUUGAUCCUGCUUAUCUAAUCGAACAGAGACAAGCGUUAUCCGAUCGAUUAGUCGUUGUACGAGGGGAUGACAACCUAAGUAAGGACGCCCAACGUAACGCUACUCUCGUCUUCAACAUUCUGCUUAGAUCGCACCUUGCCACUAGACGAGUGAUCGAGGAGAAUCAUUUGAACAGAGAAGCGUUCGAAUGGGUCGUUGGAGAAAUUGAGCAGAUCUUCAAUAAAGCAGUUGUCAACGCUUGUGAAAUGGUCGGAACACUUGCCGCGCAAUCUAUUGGUGAACCAGCAACUCAAAUGACGUUGAAUACUUUCCAUUAUGCGGGUGUCGCUUCUAAAUCAGUUACCGGUGGUGUACCCCGUCUGAAGGAAAUCAUCAAUGUCGCUGUUAAUAUCCGAACUCCAGCACUUAAUGUCUACCUUGAUCCUGAGUACAGUAGAACAGAAGAAGAUGCUCAUCAGAUCAUGCGAAAACUCACUUUCACACGUCUUCGAGAUAUCACUGCAUCAGUUGAGAUCUUUUACGAUCCCAAACUUGAUUCUACGGAUAUUGAAGAAGAUCAAGAUUUCGUUGAUGCUUUCUUCGCUAUUCCUGAUGAGGAUAUUCGACUGGAACUACACUCACCUUGGUUACUCCGUUUAGAGCUCGACCGAGCAAAGGUAUUAGAAGGUGGUUACGAAAUGUCUCAAAUCGUCAAUGCUAUUGCGGAAACAGUUGGAAAGGAUGUAUUUGUCAUUCAUUCAGAAGAUAACGCACCUAAACUUAUCAUUCGAUUGCGUGUUGUCGCUGAGAAAGAAGACGAAGAGUUGUUAGGUGAUGAAGAUAUGUUCUUGAAGAGGAUUGAAGGUACUUUGCUUGAUCAAGUUGAGUUGGGUGGUAUUAAGGGUAUUUCAAGAGUGUUCAUAUCGGAAGGCAAACAAGUCGUACUUUCAGGACAAGGGGAAUAUGAUCAAUCGAAAGAAUGGUUCCUUGAAACAGAUGGUAUCAACCUGAAAGAAGUUAUGGCUGUUGAUGGUGUGGAUGGACCCCGAACGUAUUCCAAUAACUGCUAUGAGGUUUACGAAACCCUCGGUAUCGAAGGUGCCCGAAAUGCCUUGUACAAGGAAUUAAACGGUGUUAUAGAAAUGGGUGGUUCUUACGUCAAUUAUCGACACUUGGCUUUACUUUGUGAUCUUAUGUGUUCCAAAGGAUCUCUGAUGUCCAUCACUCGACAUGGUAUCAACCGAACGGACGCUGGAGCGUUAUCAAGAUCCUCGUUCGAAGAAACUGUCGAAAUCUUACUUGAAGCUGCUGCUGUUGGAGAUGUCGAUGAUUGUCGAGGAGUAGCAGAAAACGUUUUAUUAGGUCAAAUGGCACCUAUGGGAACUGGAGCCUUCGACGUUUCGCUUGACAUGAACAUGUUGAAAGAUGUCAUUGUGGAUCAUCGAUUACCCGUUCAAAAUAUGUUAGCUGCAAGUGGUGGAUUGGCGGGAGGUAUGACACCCGGAGGAGCUAUGACGCCAUACGACAAUUUCUCACCUAUGUGGGAUGGAUCAAAAGGAUCAGUUGGGUCAGCUGCAUUCUCACCGAUGCAAACGUCUAAUAAUGAAGAAGGGGGAAAUUUCGCUUAUAUGGGAUACGGAACUUCACCCAUGCACGGCGGGAUGUCACCUGCAAAUGGUGGUGCAGGAUAUUCACCUUCUUCUCCUGCUGGAUAUUCACCUACAUCACCAUUCGCAGUCACCUCGCCUGCUUAUUCGCCCACGUCUCCUUUUGCAGGUGCAGGUGCAGCUUCACCCUGGGUACCAAGAGCUGGUGGAAUAACUUCACCUGCUUAUUCACCCACUUCACCUCAAUAUUCACCUUCAAGUCCACAAUUCUCACCAUCUUCUCCAUCUUUCUCACCUUCCUCACCAACGUAUUCACCUGCUUCGCCCGCAUAUGGAGGUGCGGGUGCAGGUGCUAGAAAUGGUAUGAACAGGGCUUCACCUUAUUCACCUGUUUCACCGGCAUAUUCACCUACUUCCCCAUUGGGUGGAAUGGGUGUCACAUCACCUCAAUAUUCUCCUACAAGCCCGAGAUACUCACCUGCAAGUCCCGCAUUCUCACCCACUUCUCCAACGUACAGUCCUACAAGCCCAGCUGCUUUCCAAGCUACUUCUCCGAGGUAUUCGCCUACAAGUCCUCAAUUCAGUCCCACAUCACCUACAUACUCGCCUGCUAGUCCAGCCUAUUCACCUGCUAGUCCAGCCUAUUCACCUGCUAGUCCAGCUUAUUCGCCUACGAGUCCAGCGUAUAGUCCUGCCUCGCCAGCUUAUUCACCCGCUUCACCAGUGUAUGGUGCGAAUGGUAAUGGUAAUGCGCCAGCGAACGGACAAGCUGCAAAUGGACAAGCAAGACCUAACGGUCAAGCUAGACCUGGUUGGGGUAAUAAUACAGGUGGAUACGGUGCUAGUCCAAGUUGGAAGAGUUAG